CACCUUAUUGUAACCGACUGCGACCUCGAUUUUACCGACGGGUUGGGCGACCAUGCGCAAGAUCGAUGUGUUGGACAACGAAUCUCUGAAGCUCUUGGCUAGCGAAGACAACUCGAGCAAGUUUGCCGUAGAUGCACACCACCGCGGCAUCCAGCGCAUAGGAGAUCUCUCACAAAUGGCACGACUGUACUCUUUGGAUGUGUCGUUCAAUGAACUCAAGGUGCUGGAGAACUUGCACACGGCCAAAGAUCUGAAGGAACUCAAGGCGUACAACAACAAACUCACGUCGUCGGCGGGUCUCAAAACGAACCAAGCCCUGGAAGUACUCAUGCUGAGCGACAACGCCAUCGCGGAGAUCUCGUCGGACUUUACAGCGCUCUUCAAGCUCAAGACUCUGCAUCUGCACGGGAACACGAUCACACGCAUCGACAACCUCAAGACGUGCAGACACUUGACGUACUUGGACUUGAGUCGCAACCGCAUUGCCGGCGCGUGGUCCAACGCUUUGCAAUCCCUCGCGGCGCUCGAAUAUGUGAACGUCAGCGACAACCAAAUCACGUCCAUUGGAUCCCUUGAAAACCUCAAGAAACUCGAAGAAAUCAACCUCGGCGGGAACCUCCUUUCGUCGCUCAGUGGGAAUUACCCCCCCAAUUUGACUACGCUUCGUGUCGACCGCAACAAAUUCGCAGACCUUUCGACGCUGCCGCUGCUGCCCAACUUGAAUGAGUUCUACGCCCAAGGCAAUCUCCUCACCGACAUUGCGGCGGUGGUUUCGCGCAUGCCGCAGUUGGAAUCGAUGGACAUUCGGAACAAUCGCAUUCGAAGCCUGGGAGACGUUGUUAUAUUGGCGCAGCUGUCGACCAUUGAAGACUUGUGGAUCCGCGGUAAUCCCUGCGCCCUUUCCGAUUCGUACCUCUCGGACUUUGCCGCUGCAUUCCCCACAAUUCAAUUCAUCGACGAUCUGUCCCGGCAGCAGAUCCAAGACGCCCCCAACCCCCAAAAGUUGGUGGCAGCAGCGACUCGCCCCCCCAGCACGGGGCGGCCGGCCACGCCCUUGCUGCGCCCGUCGUCGUCGAGCUCGUCUUCGUUGGCGCGACCCACGACCGCCGACGGCCGUCCGCUGUUCUUCAAACCGUCGACUCGAGCAGGAUCACAAGCGAAGAUGCUUAGUCCAGCCGAAGUGGAGAAAGCCCAGAACGACGUGCGCGACCGACUGCAUAAACUGCGCCACCUCAUGGGGAAAAUGUGUGGACCGGAUAAAGCGGCACCGUCCAAGGGAGCCGCCGAAGUCCAUCGUCAUACUGUAACGUCUUCGCAAAGGAAGACCAAGACUGUAGGCGAUACUAUGCACGUGCGUCCACUUGUCGUACCUGCUGAUGCUGAGAUAACCACCGAUGAGUCGGAGGGUAUUGCCUUUAUUAACCAAGACACGGACCAGCGAGUGGAGACCAGGCCUCGUGAUGACAAUGUAGUAGUGACCAAAGUUGAGGAAAAUCGAAAAACUCUGUCACAGGCACGAGGACAAGCCAAGACGAGCGACAUGGGGACAGACCCCCUCGAUGGCAUUCCGAUCCGUCCACCGACGUCGCAUGGAUCCACGCGGGAAGGCGAGAUUCAAACCACCGAAGGGGGGUCCACGAGUUUUGUGACGAUGCUGCAAGUCGACGACGAGAAGGACGACAAAGGACUGGGGGUGCGUGACAUGGUCGUCGAGCCAUCAGCGUUGGAGAGAUCAGGAACGUCGUACGAAGAUGCGAUGAAGCUACAUUUGGCAUCGGCGCUGAAGGCAGAAGACAUCGAAGUUGACGUGGGGGGUGAAUGGAUGAAGGACACGUUGGGCGAGGAAUUGCCUCGAGUGGAGCCAUGGCGACGGGCGGAGCAACGAUCUCGGCCGUCGGCCUCUGAACGUGGAGGUUUUCGCCUCUUUCGUAUCCCAGAAAGCGCUCGGCGCUUCAUGCAAGGAGCCACGAGCGCUACAUGAACCGGAUCCAGGCCGGCUGUUCGUGUCGACGAAGUGGAUGUGUAGGAGAUUCAUGCAUGCGACGUUAAUCAUAAAGGUAGUAGAUGUGCAUAUAUAUAUUGCGACUAACUAAGACAUGACGAAGCACUACGGAGCCCUCAUUGCAUCCACUCAUCGGCGCAUUCCACAUCCAAAGGCGUUGGUUGUCGGCCCUUUUGCCACCUGAAACAAGAACCUUCCAAAUCAUAUUCGGAAUAUUCUAACGGUGUGGUAAAAGUAAAAAAACUAGCUUUAACCUGG